AUGUCUGACUUAACAGGGUUCGGAAAUUAUUUCAAUCUCAAUGGCAAAGUCGCUUUGGUGACAGGAGGAUCCCGUGGGCUGGGAUUGCAUACUGCGACAGCCUUUCUGAAAGCCGGCGCAAAGACAGUGAUCAUAACCGCUAGGAAAUACGAAGGCCCGCAGGGGAUAGGACAAGCUGUUCAAAAGUUGAAUCAGUUACCUAAGAUCAGAGGGAGAGCCAUCGGCAUAGCUGCAAAUGUCGCGCAAAUCGAAGGAAUCGAGAAGCUCGUCAGCGAAAUCCAGAAAUUGGAGGGAAGACUUGAUAUUCUCGUCGCCAAUGCUGGAGCGACGUGGGGAGGACCGUUCGAGACAACACCGGACUGGAGAACACAGAAGGUGUUGGAUUUGAAUGUGCGAGGAACAUUCAAUCUGGCAAGGCUAUUUACCCCACUGCUCGAAUCGUCCGGUACUAUAACCUGCCCGUCCCGGAUUAUUGUAGUGAGCUCCAUCGCCGGGACCCAUGUGCCUCACGUCGGCGAGCAUGGAACAAUUGUAUAUGCCAUAUCAAAAGCAGCAACCCACCAUCUCACGAAGAACCUGGCUGUGGAGCUCGGUCCAAAGAACAUCCUCACAAAUAGCAUUUCCCCUGGAUUCUUCCCGUCCAAGCUGGCCAACGGCCUGAUUGAGAUCCUGGGCGGAGAAGAGGAGCUGAAAAGAGCCAACCCGUGCCGUCGUUUGGGUCAGCCUGAUGAUAUUGGGGCAGUGAUGGUAUUUCUAGCUGGCCCAGGUGCUAACUAUAUGUGA